AUGCGUUCAGCUCUCCUACUCUCUCCUCUCAGCUGCGCCUUCUUCCACGCCAUUCAUGCAUUCGAGUUUACUGGCCCUGACUCGGCUCAGAAACUUGAUGUCACUCAACCUAUUACAAUCGAAUGGGAUGCCAACAAUGGACCAUUGAGCGAACGUAAGGCCCGCGCACUCGAUCUCUGGUUCUAUGCCCUUACCAGCGAUGAUAGCAGCCGGCUUGGCUGGGAACUUGACACCGAUCUCCCGCUCUCGGCGGGCUUGUACAAGUGGAACCCUGACACAGUCGUCAAAAGUCUCAAGGACAAGGACGUCUCGAUCUCACCAGACGCGGUGCACGCCUUUGAGGCCAGGCUGCUCGACAAUUCUGGGAGUAAACUAUCAACAGUCGAGAGCGACAAGUACGCCGCUGAAGGCUUUGAUUUCAUCCGAAAUAGUGCUGGAAAGGGGGCGCAAGCCGGGUUUUAUACAGCUGCUGUAGCUCUUAGUAUUGCCGGGCUGGUACUUCUCCGAUAG